AUGUACUUGAGUUUUCAAAACAAGUCAUUUUGGGAAAGCCUGCAUUUAAGAAACGGCCUUGAGGACUGGGAUAUGGCAGAGGAGCUCAAACUCACCAUCACUACUGAAGAGUUUCUGCAAGAACCUGGCAUUCAUCCCCAUCUGUGGAUGUGGGUAAACCCCAGCCUGGUCUGCCCCAUUCCCGGGAAGCCUGGCGUAGACCCGGCCGGAUCUGACAGCCCGGUGGCCUCGGUUGCUGGUGCCACAGAAGCCUCCUCUCCCAACACAUCCUGGGACUACUCUGAUCCGGACUGCUCUGAGGACGAUGUGCUGUCAUCCUCCAGCGAGGCUGGAAAGCUUACUGAGGAUGAAGAUGCUUCGCGAGUGGACAUCCUAGUUCCUCAGGAGAUGCCGGAAACUCCCGAACUCAAGGCAAUGCUGAUGCCUCAGAAAUCUGCAGUCCUCGGACCUCAGAGCGUGAAGCUUAAGUGCGCCAGGCAGACGAGCACCGCAGUCGAGGGAGGCUGGCCCCGUCCCCCCCUGAAUUACUGCAUCCUCAUCACCCUUGCCCUGUGCAACAGCGCAAGUGGCAGUCUGACCGUACAGCAGAUCUACGAGUUCACACGGCAGCACUUCCCAUUCUUUCAAACGGCCCCAGAGGGCUGGAAAAACACGAUCCGACACAACCUGUGCUUCAGCAGCUGCUUUGAGAAAACCACUGGCUUCGUGUGCGGUGAGGGAAACCGCAAGUCCUGCCUGUGGAAACUGACUCCAGAAGGACGCAGAAAGUUUCAGGAGGAAGCACAGGCUCUGGCCAAAGAGGUUCUCGACUUGGUGCGCCAAAGCAUGAGCAAACCGG